GCCGGCCUAUCAGAGCGCUGCCCCUCUCCUAGGCUCUGCUCUUUCACUUUCCACUCUUUGCUCAGAUCUCCUCGACUUUGACCAGCUUUUGAUUUCAUCGCUGACUUGUGGGAACUAUUUGGAUACAGGAGUUGUGGAAUUACUUCACUAACAGCUUCCCUUCACCUCCUCUUCCUCCUGCUCUCAUCUCAUCCAUCACAGCCCAUGACAGCAGAUCAGCCAACAUGGCAUUCUCAUCUCGCUUUUCCUUCUGGGAGCAAAAGAUCAAAGAAGAGCCAGCAAGCAAAAGUUCAGACAGUGAAGGGCUGCCCAGCCGGGCCAAGUCAGUGCCAGCUCUAGACCCUGGCAGGGGGUUAUUCCGGGAAACAAGUCCCCCAUCAGUUCCAAAUACGGAGUUGGCAGCCCGCGUCAGGAGUCCUUCCCCGCCUAAAGUCAGGACACCUGUUAAAGUGCCAGAACGCUUCAAAAGCCCUGAGCCACCUUCAAAAAUGGCAGAGCAAUUUAGGAGCCAUGAACCACCACAAGUUCCUCUGAGCCCAGAGCCAGUCAUGAACAGUGAGCGAGAGCAAAAUGGCAUUGUCUGUAAAAACGCGGUCAAUGGUCCAACCAAUGGUAAUAUCAAACUUUCAGGCACCAGUGCCAACCAGAUGGAUACUACAGAGGACAAGGGUCUGACACAUAAGAAAGUAGUAAAGGUGGUUCGUCGUGUUGUCAGGAAGGUCCUGCCCUCAGAAGAGGACGAGACUACUGUGCCAACACAACCAUCAGACAGAGCUCCACCAGCAGCCAAGCCUGCUGCCCAACCAGUUAAAGCAGUGCCAGCUUUAGUGUCAAAGGCUCCCAUAAUGUCAGGGUUUUCUUUUAAACAUGACGUCAUCAAAAUGGAAGACAAAGAUGAUAUUUCGCGAGGAUUGACAAACCUCAUGAUCAGAGGCAGGACAAGGGAGCCCCGCCCACGAAUAUGCAAGGAUGAACGACCAGAGAAAAUAGAGUUGGAGAAAAAAAAUGAGAAGAAAGAAGGAAAAGUUGUUGAGCCACAGGUGAUAAAAGAGGAGAAGAAAGAGGAUAAAACCAUCCUAAAUCCACAGGAGGUCAAUCACAAACCGACAAGCUCUGGUCCAGUUACACAAGAAGUCACAUCUCCUGUGGUUGCUGUAAACCCCACAAGCAUGGCUUCUUCUUACAAAUCGACUCAUUCCAGACCCUCUUCUCUCCCACCAGUUAUUGGCUUUAUCCCAGCUCCCAAGCCCUCGCCCUUGUCUCCGCCCCCUGGCUUCUUACCGGCACCCAAAACCACUGCUGCCACAAAACCCAGCCCUACAAAUAGCCCUUCUAACGCCCCAGUGGCCCAAAAAUCUACUUCACUAUCUUCUCCAUCGCGUUUCAUACCAGCUCCGAAAACCUCUCCACUUGCAACUCCUAUGAGCCCUGAUGCUCUCCGUCCCAACCCAGGUCCACUCGCUCCUCCUCACGGAGUCAUUCCCAUUCAACAAACUGCUGUCAGUCAACAAGAGGAGGAACCGCUCAGUCCCACCGAAGAGGCUCAGAGACGCCUGAUGAGGAUCUUCAGCGCCCCUGUAAAUCACCCUUCUGCGUAUUAUUGCGUGUGCUCACCAGAAGAAGAUUUUGCCCGUGCUGCCAGCGAUGGAGACCAGAUACUGCACAAGGUGCUGGCAGUUGGUGGUCUUGCCACUGCCAGACUUGCCCAGCAGCACGAUGGACUGAUCCUGCCGGGUGGUGAGCAGGGUUGCGAGUACAUGGAGGGUGUGCUGAGGGGGUUGAUGACUACCAUGUUGGGACCCGCGACGGAGCUGCACUUUAACCACCUGGCUGAGAACAGUGCUUUUGGGAUCCUGCCACAGUCUAAGCCUGAAGACAAGCAGCGAGCCUUGCAGCAGUUCACCAAGCUGCAGGCAGCCAUGAAGGUGCUGGGCAUCUCUGGUGAGGAGCAGAAGGCCCUCUGGCUCAUCCUGGGGUCUGUGUACCACUUGGGGGCCGCAGGAGCCACUAAAGACGGAGAUGAAGCGGGCCGUAGGCAGUUUGCCCGUCAUGAAUGGGCCCAGAAAGCAGCCUACCUGCUGGGCUGUACCUUGGAGGAGCUGUCCUCUUCUAUCUUCAAGCACCAGGCUAAAGGACUGCAGCACUCCACCUCAUUCAGAGGAAAACCGGACGAGGCCGGCCACGGUGACAGCUCAGGCUCUAAGGUCACAGCUCUGGAGUGUUUGGAGGCCAUGGCAUCAGGACUUUACUCUGAGCUCUUCACUCUUGUCAUCUCCCUGAUUAACAGGGCUCUGAAGUCCAGUCAGCACUCUCUGUGCUCCCUGCUGAUCGUGGACACUCCGGGUUUUCAGAACCCUCGGCUGGCUCAGCAGCAGCGGGGAGCCACGUUUGAGGAGCUCUGCCACAACUACACCCAGGAGAGGCUGCAGACCCUGUUCCAUGAACGCACCUUCGUCCAGGAGCUGGAGAGAUACAAGGAGGAAAACAUAGAGCUUGCUUUAGAUGACAUAGAGUCCAGUACCUCACUGUCUGUAGCAGCUAUUGACCAAGCCUCAACCCAAGCUCUGGUGCGCACUCUGGCCAGGACGGAUGAGGCUCGAGGCCUUCUGUGGCUGAUGGAGGAGGAGGCUGUUCAGCCUGGAGGUUCAGAGGAAACCAUGCUGGAGAGACUCUUCCACUACUACGGCUCUGCACAGGGAGAAAACAAAGGAGCCAGUCUGCUGCUGCGAGGAGAGAAGCCCCACCUCUUCCUGUUGGGCCACAGCCACGGGACAGACUGGGUGGAGUACAACGCCCAGGGCUGGCUGAGCCAUGCCAAGCACAACCCUGCCGCCCAGAACGCUGCCACACUGCUGCAGGACUCCCAGAAGAAGAACAUCAGUGGGCUGUUUAUGGGCCGGGCCAGCGGGGCCACAGUGUUGUCUGGCUCCAUCGCCGGUCUGGAGGGAAGCUCCCAGCUCGCCCUGCGACGAGCCACCAGCAUGAGGAAAACCUUCACCACAGGCGUGGCUGCCGUCAAGAAGAAGAGCCUGUGCAUCCAGGUCAAACUCCAAGUGGAUGCUCUGAUUGAUAUGGUGCGUCGUUCCAGGGUUCACUUCGUCCACUGCCUGCUGCCCAAAGCAGAGGCAGUGGGUGGUGGAGGUGAGCCCCGUGUGACGCAUGGAGAGAGCCCCGACUCAGGCCUUAUGACUUUGGACUUGGACCUUCUGAGAGCUCAGCUGCGCGGAUCCAAGCUCCUAGAUGCACUGCGCAUCUACAGGCAAGGAUACCCAGACCACAUGGUGUUUUCUGAGUUCCGGCGGCGCUUUGAUGUCCUGGCACCACAUCUGACCAAGAAACAUGGCCGCCACUACAUUGUCACAGAUGAGAAGAGGGCAGUGGAGGAGUUGCUGGAGUCCUUGGAGCUGGAGAAGAGCAGCUACCACAUGGGGCUGAGCCGGGUGUUCUUCAGAGCGGGGACUCUGUCCAGGCUGGAGGAGCAGCGGGACGUCCAGACCAGGAGGAACAUCUCUCUGUUCCAGGCUGCCUGCAGGGGAUACCUGUCCAGACAGGCCUUCAAGAAGAGGAAGAUCCAGGAUCUGGCCAUCCGCUGCAUCCAGAAGAACAUAAAGAAGAAUCGUGGUGUCAAAGGCUGGCCGUGGUGGAAGCUCUUCACCACCGUAAGACCUCUGAUAGAGGUGCAGCUCAGUGAGGAGCAGAUCCGUGGCAAGGAUGAAGAGAUCCAGCAGCUGAAGCAGAAGCUGGAGAAGGUGGAGAAAGAGAGGAACGAGCUGAGACUCAGCAGCGACCGCCUUGAGAGCCGGAUGUCUGAGCUGUCAUCAGAGCUGGCUGAUGAGCGGAACACCGGGGAGUCGGCCACCCAGCUGCUGGAGAGUGAAACUUCUGAGAGACUCCGCCUGGAGAAGAACAUGAAGGACCUAGGAGUGGUUAAACCUGCUUGUGUGUCGGUGUGCAGGUUCGACAGUGAGCUGAGUGCAGCACAGGAGGAGGUGCAGAGGGAGAGGAGCCUGAGGGAGAAGCUGGCCCGGGAGAAAGACAUGCUAGCCGGAGACUCCUUCAGCCUCCGACAGCAGCUGGAGGACAAGGACCUGGAGGUGUGUGCAAUCAACCUGAAGCUGGACCAGCUGGAGGCCGAGCAGCAGGAACUCAACUCCCAGGAAUCCAAGGAUGAGGCUUCGCUGGCCAAGGUGAGGAAGCAGCUGCGCGACAUGGAGGCUAAGCUGAAGGACCAAGAGGAGGAGCUGGACGAGCAGGCCGGCACCAUCCAGAUGUUGGAGCAGGCCAAGCUUCGUCUGGAGAUGGAGAUGGAGCGUUUGCGUCAAACUCAUUCCAAGGAGGUCGAGAGCAAAGACGAUGAGGUGGAGGAGAUCAGACAGUCCUGCAGCAAGAAGCUGAAACAAAUGGAAGUCCAGCUUGAAGAAGAGUACGAUGAGAAGCAGAAGGUGCUGAAAGAGAAGAGAGAGUUGGAGUCGAAGCUUCUGUCAGCACAGGACAAUGUGAGAGGUGGUGACAUAGAGACUGAAAAGCGAUUGAGGAAGGACCUAAAGAGAACCAAGGCUCUGCUGGCUGAUGCCCAGAUCAUGUUGGACCACAUAAAGAACAACGCCCCCAGCAAGAGAGAGAUCGCCCAGCUCAAAAACCAGCUGGAGGAGUCUGAGUUCACGUGUGCGGCUGCAGUUAAAGCUCGUAAGUCCAUGGAGGUCGAGAUUGAAGAUCUGCACGUUCAGAUGGAAGACAUCUCCAAAACAAAGCAGGCGCUGGAGGAGCAGCUGAGUCGUCUGCAGAGAGAGAAGAACGACUUGCAGUCCAGGAUGGAGGAGGACCAGGAGGACCUGAACGAGCUGAUGAAGAAACACAAGGCUGCCGUGGCCCAGUCGGCCCAGAACCUGGCUCAGAUCAGUGACCUACAAUCCCAGCUGGAGGACGCCCUCAAGGAGAAGCAGGAGGUUCAGGAGAAGAUGCAAGCCCUCCAGAGCCAGCUGGAGUUCCAGGAGCAGUCUAUGGUGGAGAAAUCCCAUGUCAGCCGGCAGGAGGCCAAGAUCCGCGAGUUGGAGACCAAGCUGGACUUUGAGAAGACCCAGGUCAAACGGCUGGAGAGCCUUGUAGCUCGUCUCAAAGAGAACUUGGAGAAGCUGACAGAGGAUCGAGACCAGCGCAGCAGCAGCGAGAUUCGAGAGAAGGAACAGAACAAACGUCUACAGAGACAGAUCCGCGACGUCAAAGAGGAGACUGGUGAACUGGCCAAAAAGGAAUCCGAGGCCAGCCGCAAAAAGCACGAGCUGGAAAUGGACAUUGAGAGCUUAGAGGCUGCUAAUCAGAGCCUGCAGGCAGACCUCAAGCUGGCCUUCAAGAGGAUCGGUGACCUCCAGGCAGCCAUUGAGGACGAGAUGGAGAGUGAUGACAAUGAAGACCUGAUCAACAGUUUGCAAGACAUGGUGACAAAGUAUCAGAGAAGACAGAACAGAGCUCAGGGGGAUUCCGACACAGACUCUGAGGUGGAGGAUCGUGUGGACGGGGUGAAGUCCUGGUUGUCUAAAAGCAAAGGUUCCACCAAGAACCUCUCAGAUGACGGCAGCCUCAAGAGCUCCAGAUUUGCUGUAAAUGUAGACGCAAAGGAAGGGAAAGAGUGGAAAGAGGGUAAGGAAUGGAAAGAGGGCAAAAAAGAGGGCAAAGAGGUAGAGUCAAGCAGACCAAUGUCAGUGAUGAGCUCGCUCAGCUACAGAAAACGCUCCAACCUUGAGUCUAUUGGUGGCAAAGGGGAUGCCCUCUUUAGUGCCCUCAGGGAGAAUGCCGACUCAGAAGACGCUCUGUCCUUCCAUAAGGGUAAACCCAAAAACACAGAUCUUCAACAAGACACCUACUCAGUCAGCUCCAGGAGGAAGUCCCAGGCAGACGAUGCCAUGAAUGACAGAGAAUCAGUCAUCUCACAGGCCUAUUCAGAAGCAAACAGCCGAGCCAGGAAAGGCAUGGACAGCCGCUGGGGUGACUUCGACAAAGAAUCAAUUGUUUCAUACAUAGCACCAAGUCGGGCCUCCACACGUCUUGGGUUAAGCCCAGAGAAUGAUGUCAGGUCUACCAUCAGUUUAGGUCUGUCAAGCCCACUGGGACGCCACCAAAGCACCUCACGCUUAGAUGAGGGUAGAGGCGUUCGCUCACUGUAUGGAAGCAGUCCCAGUAGCCCUUGCUUUAGCAGACGGUCUGGGGGUCGCAGUCCUGGAAGUGUGAGCCGAGCUGAUUCCCAUAUGUCGCUGGCACGCAGCUGCCGUCUGAGUGAGUUUGACGUUGAUAUUGACGAUAGUCGCAGCGUGGCCUUCACCGAGAAGUCAGUGUACAGUCCUCACUCAUCCACUGGCCGCAGUGUCUCCAUGCCACCGCCACAAGCCAGAUCUUUAACUACUGACAAUGACCCAAUUGAUAACUUGGACAUCAAACCAGUCAGUCAUCGCAACUACCUCGACCCUGACCUGGAGAAAGCCAUCAAUGAGGUGCUGAGUUUCAAGCCUAUCAAAUUCAAGCGCAGGAGCCUGGAAGACUCCGAGGCUGAAGAAGGAAAAUCCAAGAAUGAUAAAGACGACAGCAAAAGUGUCCGUAACGGAGAUGGUAGUCGCCCUGCCAGCAGUCUUAGACGCUCUGCAUCGGCAGUGGACUGCAUGAGACCGUCCCGCAGCGGCAGCAGCUGCAGCAGUCGCCAUCGCAGCAAAAGCAAAGGCAAGAGCAAGAAAAAGAAGAGAAGCCACAGCUCAGAGUCUGAUAGCUCAGGAGACGACCAUCGUCACAGGAGCAGCUCCAAGAGGAGGUCCAAGAAGUCAAAGAAAAAGUCCAAGAAGAGGGCUGAAUCUUCAUCUUCUUCCUCGUCUUCUUCAUCUUCGGACUCUGAGUCGGACUCUGGGUCGAGCUCCGGUGCUUCCACCAUUUCCUACCGAAGCUCCAGCAGUGUGAAAAGAGCCCCGGUUCGAAAGGCAUCCAGUCCAGAAGAGGAAGAGGAAGGAGAAGCUAGGCCACAGAGUGAGAGCCUCAACAAAAAGGAUGAUAAGAAGAGGAAGAAGAAGGUGGACAACCUGAUGUUGAAGUACCUGUACCGGCCGGACAGUGACUGAGGAAGGCAACACUACUGCUUCGAUAGAUCUGAUGAAGAGGAGGAGGAAGAAGAAAAAGAAGGCAGCGGGGCGACCCAGGGCUCUUACUCUCGAUGUGGCAGGGAAAUGAAAGAGGAUGACGGCGAAGACGGGCCUUAUGAGAGCACA